GAGCUGAAUGCAGCACCACACCGUGAAUCCCGGCUACCCAAGGUUACUGUGGAAUCUACGGUCACAGCGACACAGUGAUUCUCUCAGCUUAUAAUCAGCGAACAGUUCGAUGAGAGAUCCCUGCUUCCAGACCGCUCUACAACCGUCAGUUGAGCAGAGGUCUCCUCGGAGGAUCUCGUGAAGGGACAGCGAGCGGGCGUGCCGCUUGGCCCCUGUCGAAGGGGGCCGGAGCGGCGUCCCGUCCCUGCGGGGGUCAAACCGUCGCGCUGGUUGCGGCCGCCAUGAAGAGGGACGAGGACUCCGAGUCCGCGUCCCUGGUCGGCCGCGAGAACCCCGGAUCGUACACCGAGGAUGCCAGGCCGACACCGACCAUCCGGGAGACCGACUACGUCGACACCGACGUGCCGCUCCUGUCGCAGUUCCACGAGGAUGCCAUUGCGCAGGCUGGGGAAGGCCUGUUCCAGUGGCUGGUGUUCCUGGUCUGCGGACUGGCGCUGGCCGCGGACUCCAUCGAGAUCAUGGUCAUCGCCUACGUGCUCCCAUCGGCCGAACGCGAGCUCUGCAUGGACGACGGACGUAAAGGAUGGCUCGGAGGCGUGUCCUUCAUAGGCAUGAUGAUCGGCGGCUUGCUGUGGGGCAAUUUGGCCGACAAGAUGGGCCGCCGGCGCACGUUGCUAUCGGCGCUGCUCACCAACGCGUUGUUCUCGGUCAUCACCACCUUUAUGCCCACCUACGGACUCUUCACCGUCACCAGGCUUUGCUCGGGCAUCGGCGUGGGUGGUUCCAUUCCCAUCGUAUUUACGUACUACGCCGAGUUCCUGCUGAAGAAGCAUCGUGGCCGCAACCUCUGCUGGCUGCUUCUCUUCUGGGCCAUCGGUGGCGUCUUCGCGUCCGUGAUGGCCUGGGGACUCAUACCCAGAACAGGGGCUAACCUGCUCGGGCUGGGCAGGCUUCACUUCAGCAGCUGGCGGGUCUUUCUGUUGAUCUGCUCGUUCCCGGCCAUCGUGUCCGUGCUGGGACUCGCCUUCCUGCCCGAGAGCCCGCGCUUCCUCCUAGAGAUGGGCCGUGACGUGGAGGCCAUGUGUGUUUACCAGCAAAUAUUUAAAAUGAACCACAGCAACAAGCCCGGAGUGGAAUAUCAGCUCUCCGAGCUGGAAUUGCCAGGACGCCGAGCGUUUCACGGAAUUCCCCCUGCUGUCAACAGAACCAUGCUGUCCGACCUCUGUUUCUCCUUGGAAAGCUUUUGGAGUUCGUUUUUUCAGAUGAUCUGCACCCCAUUCACCAAGGUCACUCUGGUUCUUCUUGUUAUCUGGCUCACAACGUCAUUUGGGUUCUACGGCGUGAGCAUCUGGUUUCCGGAGUACCUGCGCAAGCUCCAGUCGGAUAGCUACAGCUCCGAGGCGACCAUCGAGGCGAACCACUUCAUCCGCGACUACAUCUUCAACUACUCGCUCGACAACACCAACUUCGAAGGAUGCGUCUUUCACAACGUCCGCUUCACGGGCAUCGUGCUCAACCACGUGCUCUUCACGAACUGCUCCUUCAUAAACAGCACGUUUAGCGACGUGCGUUCGAGCCGUAGCUUCUUCGAGCAGUGCGACUUUCGGCGCGUGCGCUUCGUGGACACGGACUUCUACGACUUCCGGUUCCGCGACUGCGCCUUCCACAACAGCACCACGUUCCUGAACCGGCGCACGGGCUGCCCCAUCGACUUCGACGUCAACUUCCGCCUGUCGGACGUGUUCGUCGAGAACCUGUUCGUGCAGCUGGCCAUCAUCCCGGGAAACAUCAUAUCCUCCUGCGUCAUCGACAGGAUCGGUCGCGUACGAACCUUAGGAAUCUCUCUCUUUCUCUCAAGUGUGAGCAUUCUGCUCGUGUGGCUGUCAGUGGCGCGGUCCUCUGUGAUCACAUUCCAAGCCAUCUUCAACUUCGUUUCCAUUUCCGCGUGGAACGCCGUAGACGUUGCAACCACGGAAUCCUAUCCAGCGACACUCAGAAGUACGGCGUACGGCUUCCUGAGUGCGGCCAGCCGCCUGGCGGCGCUCCUGGGCAGCCUGACCUUCGGCCACUUCAUCAGCAUGAACCGCUCAGUGCCCAUCCUGACCACCGCAGCAGUGCUGCUGGUCGGUUGCCUGGCAUCGUUGCGCUUGCCCGAGACCAGGGACGUGCUCAUGUGAGCGCCCUGAUGCACCUUCGAGACCGUGCCGGGCCCCCGCCCACGACGAUGAGAAGUCAAAGUAAAUGCCCGCAGCGCCUUCCUCCCCGUUCGUGCAAGAGGACGAGGUCAUGCAGUAGCCAAGCCACGUCCACUAACGACCUUGCAAACGACACAUGAACCUGGCCUACGAUCUGUCCAGGAGUGGAGGUUCGUGCGGCAUAGCCGAGAAACCUGAGGCGACGCGGUGCUCGCAAGGACAGCGCCCCCGGCGGUGACAAAGCGUACUGAAAAAACGCACAUUCAGUUAGCUUUCUUUCGUACCAUUAUUUAUUUCCGUGACCUUAUCUGCACGUGAACUUGCCUACUACGUCGUUCCGGUUUGCUCUCGGACUAUAGACCUACCCGACGUCGAGAGAAGGAAAUAGCAAAUGAACAUUUCCCGACCACACCGGAAUCUCCGUUGGCAGAAGUCCAGGUGCAUAGCAUGAACGGCUGAAGAAGUGGUCCGGUGUGUAUGCUGAACGCCACGUGGUUGUACAGACCGCAGCGAUCGGCUGUGCGUUGUGAUGAAGCGCAGAUUCGCGCGAUUCAAUCUGUGAUCCUCGGGAAGGCACAUCCUUGCACCGAGAUGAUAGCUUUUCUCCAGCGCAAAAUGUAAAUCGCAGUGCUAGUCAGCUGGACGUGGAGGGUUGAUUGUGUCCCAGUGCUACUGGAACACGACCAGAAGCCGCUUUGAUCUCGUUGCGGUAGCGACAGCGCAAACCAUUACGUACUUCUUUGUCUUCUAGGCUGACAUCAGACUAUAUUAGCAGCUGCUCUUCGAGUCUAAACCGCACCGCCGUAUGACACUUGACGAUCGCAGGGUGAUUUCUAAUGGACGCAUGACGCCACAUGUAGCGCACGGCACUGGUGCAUGCAUCUAGUACUUAUAUUAGGUGCACGGUUAAGAGAAUUGUCUGAAUUUUGUAGCGCUCAUUUGUGCAUUAAUUGUGUGUCUUUCGUGACAAUAGGAAGGUUUAUGAAUUGCAGACUUCACGGAAUCACUCGGAUUUGCGUACAAGGGAACCGAGGUCAUUUUCUUCUUUUAUGGCCGAGGUUGAGUUUUGUGUGCGAACAGUAUACCACCGACGCUGUUUCUUGGGUGCGCGAAUGUUGUGCACACUGGCCGCCUUGUGCACAUUAAUUCUCAGACUCUCAAAGAGGAACCGGGUUCGGCGCUGUGAGGCACUUUUUCGUUACGCAUAACGCACGAAGGACUCGUACGGAAAGAGUGUGAAUUAUGGCGCGCGAAUGGCGGCCUAUUCUUGCUGUCUUCUCAUCAUGCUCACGUUCAUGACAGAGAAGGUGUUUACAGGCGCGAGACUAUAGCAGUGAUCAAGGGUGGAACUGCGGUCGCGAUAAGAGGUUACGAUGAUUGCGCUGAAUAUGGCGUGCUGUCCGCUAGUGCUAUGUUUGCUCGCAUAAUACAAGUCCGCCGAUGACGACAAGAUUCUACAGGCAGGUGUUGGCGCAUGCCCUCAUUGCUCGUACCGUAGAUACAAGUGGCAGUAGCCGAAUGCGUGUUGAGAUAUAUUUCUCUUUGAGAAGUGCUCAUUAUGAACGCGACUCUAGAUGCACUAAAGAAAGGUGUCAUGUCCUGCUGUUUAGUGAUGCUUGCACGCUUACACCACCUUGGUAACAGAUCUGAGAGACGUUACUGCACAAACUUGGGCCAUUUUUCAAGACACACACACACAAAAAGGACGCGUGUUGGGUUAAGAUUUCCACUUAUAUUGGGCUGCCAAUAUAUUAACACAGUGCUGAAUUAAGGUAUUGGUGAAAGAAAAAGUACUGCUAGGCAAAUAAUACGUUUAGUGGGUAGCCACAAGACCCUUCAGAAAUGUGACGAUGUCAAAUAAGACCACAUAUCCUCGAAGGAAGUUACAUAUCAUAGCGACGUAUACGAGUGCGUGAGUCACGUCCCGCCCAGCCGAGAACCACUUGACACACUGUUUACCUCAAUUAACUUACCCUUAAAACUCUCACUUCAGUUGCCUACACCCUGUUCCACAGAAAUGUGACAUAUAGAGGGAAAGUCACAGCUGGCGUCAGCCAAUCAGGUGCGUGUUCACGCGAAGACACGUGACCUCGCCGUGUGUCCUUUUACAUCACAAGCCCGGCCUCGAGCGCCUAGGGACGCCUUGUAUCUACCGGUCUUCAGCAUACCUUAACGUCUUAACGUAAAAGAGCACGAAUGUGACAGGGACAAAAUAAAGGACGACGACACAAAUGCUUCCUUCGUCCUUUGCUUUAUGUCCUUUGUCCCGUUCACACUCUUUUUCCCUGUGACACCUUGACAAGUCGCUCUGUUGGCGAUCCUUCUGCAACACCUUAAGAUCUAUAGCUGAGAUAAUCUGGAAUGCUCUGGCGUACAUUGAAUCGCCAACAAAGAUGGCGUUUCCUUUAAGAGUGACGCUACCUAGGAACUAAAAAUCCGAGCAAUGACAACUUUCCUUCCAGCUAAGUUUUCUAACAGUUCCCGCUGAAUACACCCUGUCGGGUGGGCUGCUUGAUGGAACUCAUCCUCCAGCUGUUGUCCCAACCGUUCGAAUCCUCUCCUCAGUACAAGCUGUUGCCGAAGUUCGCGACAGCAACAGCUAGGUCUGAGUAUGGCAAUAUGAGCUGUAAUGUUAUUACAAAUGCUGUUGAAUAUCAAAGUUGUUGAAAUGCUGUCCUCCUACCCAGUUUGAACGUAUACGGAUACACUGUGCUUCAAAUAUUCUUGCUAUACUGCCGAGCGACCCUUUGUCCUUCCCUUCUCCUGUCUGUUCCCACGCAUUUACGAGCAUAUGCCACAUUUCGCUUUCAAGAGUUGGCUGUUCUUAAAAGGCACUGACCCUGCAGACAGUGAUCUGGGAAAAAAUAAAAACGAUACCCAGAAGUGAUGUUAAUGCUCAGAUAGCAUUUGAAGUCGCAAGUAUACCAGAGGCAUACGGAUCUUUAGGUGACACCUCAUCAGCAGAUUAGGCAUACCUUUUAAAUGACACUGUGCACCCCUCUAGUCUCUGCUUCUUUGCACUGCUCCUGAAAGUAUGACUACAUCGCGCUCUUCAGAGAACGCAUAAUGAUGCGGCCAUGCCAAUAACUUAUCAAAACCGUUAUCUGCUCCAACCACCUGCUGAAUUGUGCGGGGUUGGUGAAAUCAAAGCGUAGGGUGUUUGACAUUCCAAUGUUAAUGGUGCGGGCAGGGCAAUCAUAAUUAUUUUUCACUUUCAAGCCCUGCAAGUUCACAGAGUACGACACAAAGGCUACAUUAACAAUGUAUAGCACUUUUUUAGGAUUGGCCGGCCCAGCCUUCGAAGCACUUCUUGCGUCAAAGAAGCAAGCUCCUGCAGUUAUUACAGCAGUGAGCAACAAUGAUUUUUAUUCACGUUAGCCAUUCAGGCAUGGCCGCAUAUGCUCAACAUUUCAACAAUAUGCCUAAUCAAGAGCACAGAAGGCGACACCUUCCUCGUGGCAAAUUAUGUCGAAGACAGAAAAAAAAAAUCUACUUUCGCCAAAGCAUCUCAACCAGUUGAGCUUCAAAUUAAGUUUACUGUGGCGAAUGCCAAUUUUUAUCCCAUAUAGUAGAUGAACGCAGCACAACCAGACCACAAGUAGCAAAUAGGCUCCGAAAGCAGGAGAUUCAAGAGCGACUUCACUAGUUGGUCCGAUAUUCUUUUCGUCACUGUCCAGUGUAGCUUCCACCGCGUCAAAAGAAAGGUGGUAAGAUAUUGUCACGAGCAAUGGCAAAGACAAAGACAUUGUAGUGGGGAACCUGCUGGAACCUGUGCGCUCUGUGCAGUCUUGACUAGGCAAGCGCUAGCCGUUCACGGUUAAUUAAAUACUCCCCGUAACAUCUUUUUGGUGGAGGUUGCAGGCUCUAUUCCACCCGGCCCUGGAUCUUCGGAGUGGACGCCACGUUUCUCCCGCCUCCAUGGCCGAAGACAGUACGCAGUCAUCGCAGCCCGCGGCGCCGGCAACCGUGGUCCUUUCUCAGCCCCACUACAAUGUCUUUGUCUUUGCCAUUGCUCGUGACAAUAUAUUGAAGAAACUAGGUCACAUUACUUGAACCUUAAUAGAUGUUCCUGCUUUGGGAUGUUGCACGAAAUCUCUAUGAAAGACUGCUCACUCUAUAGCGUGCAAUGCUAUUUCAACCCCACAGGACUCAUGCGUUUGCUCUCACAGCUCGGUCGUGUGCGUAAAUGUUCUGUCUCCGGUAUGUAAAUAAGACACGUAUAUUUUCAUGCGUUGAUUGUGUUUGUUGUUCAAGGUGUUGAUGCACGGAGGCAAAACAUUCAGAACGGCCGAGUACUAUGUUCAAGUCAUUCCCCUUCACCAAUAUGAAUUUUGGCCAUGUCGUUCGUGACAGUUCAAACAUGAUUAAUUAGCGAAAAGAAAAACAAGAAAGCUACCCUAAUGGUGUCAUUCUGCAUCUGUCCCGGUUUGUGGUGCAAAGUUGUUGAGUAGUGCUUAGUCGGUUCCCGUGCCAUGUUUUGUGACUGUUGCUGUAAUGUAUAGUUUCCGUAAUUUCAACAUUGUCCUUGCACAAAAACAAAACCAGAAAAUAAAAAAAAGGAAUCAAAGGAUCACGCACACCUUUGACGACACUUGUUGCACAUGUGUGUAUACGUACAUCCGUACAUAUCCUGCUGUACAUGAUUAGUGUAUUAAAGGAAACGACUGCAUAUUAUUUAGGACA